GAACAAAUGUAUAAGACGCGUAUAGGUCGCUGCGUGGAGCUCAAAACAUUCCAAAACACCUUCCAAAAAUAGAACGAAACGUGGAGAUGUUUAUUCCGGGUAUGGCGUGCCCGAACAUGUUGGUGAUCAGUUGUAGGGCGGAGAUGAAAGGACGAAUGUACACUUUAAUGAAUGAAUAUUGUACGGAAUGAAUGACCUUGAGGAUCAGCUCAAAGAAAAGGUUUCGCCACGAGAAAUUAAAGAACUAAAACGACACAUCGUACCCCAAGCGUCACAGUUGGACCGUCUACAAAACAGCAUCAGUACCACUAAAAAUGGUAUAAUUGGAAAUAAGUUUAUAGUCCAUAGCCAAUAAUGGAAUCUAACAAGAAUGAUGCCGCAACAUGUGAAAUGAAAUCAAAACCCCAAAGUUACGUAAUAUUUGACACGGAGACGACAGGCCUCCCUGGGCCGUACGGAAACCCGAAGAUUACCGAGCUCUGUCUGCUGGGUAUACACAGAGAUGACAUGUUUGAAGAUGGAGUGGCCGUCCCUCGGAUUGUCAACAAGCUGCAGCUUUGCCUCAACCCAAGAAAACAAAUGUCUCCUGGUUCAAGCAUGUUAACAGGUUUGUUCAAUGAUGCACUUGACAGACAACAGCCAUUCAAUAGUGAAACAGUAGCAGUGAUUAGAGGAUUUCUGCAAACACAAGCACAGCCAACAUGUUUGAUUGCCCACAAUGGCGACAAGUUUGACUUCGCUUUACUGGCUGCACAGCUGCGGAAGGUGAAUGAAACCUUGCCCGAUGACAUGCUAUGCGCAGAUUCAUUAUUAGCCUUCAGGGAAAUAGAUCCUCCAGCUGACAGACCAAGGUCACCAGCUGAGGUUAGAGGUCAAACCUGGGAAAUCUCUGAGGUUACACCUGGUAAAAGACAAAACUCGGAUGAGCAGUUACAUAUUCCAAAGAAGCCCAAAAAAGAUUUUGACAAGACCCAGUCUCUUUUUGAAAAUAUCAGGCGGGAAAAAGCUGCCCGACAACUGUAUAAAGAUGAAGCUAAUUCAAGUGUAGCAGACGACAGGGUGAGUCUGGACAAAGCAGACUGCCUUUCAGAAAACAAUUAUGUAGAGGCAUCUUCUUCUUUUAAAACAUAUUCUAAAUCUUCAGUUCCCACCGUUCCUGUUUCGAGGAAUGUUUCUAAUAUGAUGCCCAAAGAGCAAAAAGAAGUAAGUGUUCUUUCAAGUUGUUCCAGUCAGUCUCAAGACACUUCUGUCACUCUUCACAAUGUCAGGUCUGACAAAAUGGCUUCGGAGACAGAAAACAACACAAACAGUGCCCAUUCCACCAUCUUGUCUGAAGACACACCAAACCCCCAGACUCACAACAUGUGUAAUAGAACAGGUUCGGAAGCAGGUCAGCAACCGACCCCCUUGAAGCCAGAUGCAGUAACUACUCAACUUCACAUACGUGUAUCUAAACAACUAAUGACUCGGACACAAAACCGCAGCUGGACUCCCAAGGAAGUUUUCUGGAUGAGGAUUUACUGUUGGCCAUAACACAGAU